AGCAUCUGGCGCCCACUAGUCGACUUUGUUGAAGAUAUCCCGUUGGCCGUGUGCGACACGCGAACGGUCAAGCCCUCAGACCUUGUCAGCUCGGUUCAUGUUAGCUGUGAUUAUGUCCGCAGGAACUAUCUCGUGAAGUAUAGCUCGGACUUCCAGUUCUAUUAUCUCUCCAGAAUGAUGAAGGAAGAGAUAUGCGCCUUCAUGGUGUUUGAUUCUAGCGGGGCCGGGGAAAACCGGAUAAGUAAGAUUAAACUACUUUGGGUUACUAGUUGGCCCACGACAAUGCCUAACGCUAGACAGGGACUCCCCCGCACUCGGCCUUUUGGCACAGGGAGAAGUGGAGGUCGUAUAAGCAUGCACGAGAAAGCAUUGAAGUGCGUAUGUUGGUGCUAUCAGCGUUA